AUGGCCAAGGGACCCGAGCAGGGGGACGCCUUCCUGCACCUCCCGGCCGCGCAGGCGGUGCCCGCCGAGGCGCAGGAGGAGCGCUACGCGGGGCUGCUGGGGCGAGGCUUGCUGCCCUGCUCCCGGGAGGCGCUGCCCGAGCCGCCGCUGUCCUCCGGCAUCAAGGCAGAAACACGCUUCGGCAGCGAAGCCCUCUCCUCAGAAGAAGAGGAUGCGGAUUCUCACUACGGCGCGCUGACAGCCGCCGACCAAAGCCCGUCUUCGAAGAAGAGCAUCACGCAGAUCAUGAAGGACAAGAAGAAGCAGACGCAGCUCACCCUGCAAUGGCUGGAAGAAAACUACAUUGUAUGUGAAGGAGUUUGUUUACCAAGAUGCAUCCUUUAUGCCCACUAUUUAGACUUCUGCAGAAAAGAGAAACUGGAACCUGCCUGUGCUGCAACUUUUGGCAAGACCAUUCGCCAGAAAUUCCCUCUCCUCACCACAAGGCGGCUUGGAACAAGGGGCCAUUCAAAGUAUCACUAUUAUGGAAUUGGCAUUAAAGAAAGCAGCGCAUAUUACCAUUCUGUGUAUUCUGGAAAGGGCUUAACCAGGUUCUCUGGAAGCAAGCUAAAGAAUGAGGGUGGUUUUACUCGUAAAUAUUCUCUAAGUUCCAAAACUGGAACACUCCUCCCAGAGUUUCCAAGUGCUCAACACCUUUUGCUUCAAGGGUGCCUUUCUAAAGACAAGGUAGAUACUCUUAUCAUGAUGUACAAAACACACUGUCAGUGUGUCCUUGACAAUGCAAUUAAUGGAAACUUUGAAGAGAUUCAGCAUUUCCUAUUACACUUUUGGCAAGGAAUGCCUGACCAUCUUCUUCCUUUGCUUGAAAAUCCCAUCAUCAUUGACAUUUUCUGUGUCUGUGACUCAAUACUAUAUAAGGUUCUUACAGAUGUACUCAUCCCUGCAACAAUGCAAGAAAUGCCAGAAAGUUUACUGGCAGAUAUAAGAAGUUUUGCAAAAAACUGGGAACAGUGGGUUGCUUCCUCUUUGGAAAAUCUACCGGAAAGCCUGAUAGAUAAAAAAUUACCUAUUGCACGAAGAUUUGUUUCCUCCCUGAAACGACAGACAUCAUUCCUACACCUGGCACAGAUUGCUCGACCAGCUCUUUUUGAUCAGCAUGUGGUGAAUUCCAUGGUGUCAGAUAUUGAAAAAGUUGAUUUGAAUAGUAUUGGUUCUCAGGCCCUUCUUGCAGUUUCAGGCAGCACAGACUCUGAUGGGGAAGCCUACAGUGAAUAUGACUCUAUUACAGUGUUCCAAGAACUGAAGGACCUUCUAAAGAAGAAUGCCACUGUGGAAUCUUUUAUUGAAUGGUUGGAUACUGUGGUUGAGCAAAGGGUUAUCAAGGCAAGCAAGCAAAAUGGGAGGUCAUUAAAGAAGAGAGCUCAAGACUUCCUUCUGAAAUGGAGCUUUUUUGGUGCUCGAGUGAUGCAUAACCUAACUCUAAACAACGCAUCAAGUUUUGGUUCUUUUCAUUUGAUCCGCAUGUUGCUAGAUGAGUACAUCCUGCUUGCAAUGGAGACACAGUUCAACAAUGACAAAGAACAAGAACUCCAGAAUCUACUGGACAAAUACAUGAAGAAUUUAGAUGCAAGCAAAGCCACCUUCACUGCAUCACCAAGCUCUUGCUUCCUAGCAAAUCGCAACAAAGCUGCUCCUCUGCCCAGUGACACUUCAGUCAAAAACGAGUGCCUUGGAGAGCAAACCUACGUGUCCUUGUCAGCUGGCCAGCCCAGCAGUGCAUCUUCCGGGCUGAACCCCUUCACCACAGGAGAUGGGGAGAGUAUGCAGCUGGCAGAUCAAAUGGAGCUGUCUCAAAGCACUGGUCACCUCAUGACUCCACCCAUUUCACCAGCCAUGGUCAGCCGAGGAAGUGUUAUCAACCAGGGGCCAAUGGCUGUGAGACCUCCCAGCAUAGGUCCCAUGUUAUCAACACAUUCACAGUGCUCUUCCUACUCAGAACCCCUUUAUCAGACUUUGUCACAGACUAAUCAGAAUUAUUAUGGAAACAAUUCCAAUUACCAGGCUAUGUUCAGGACACAGGCCCAUUCCACUUCAGGAGUCUACGACCACAGAGCAGAGCCCAGCCGAUUCAAUGCCUUGAGUGAACAGCAGUUCUCCAGAGACUACUUCAGCAACAGUUGUGCUGUGUCUCCCUACAAUGCCAGAUCCCCUUCCAGCUAUGGUCCAUCUGGCAUGUCUCAGGACACACACAAUAUGCAGUUUCUGAAUACCGGGAGUUUCAAUUUUUUGAACAACUCGGUAUCUACAUGUCCAGGAACAGCUUAUCCUGCUAAUGCUUCCAACGGAUAUUAUGGCAACAGCAUAAAUUAUUCAGAAUCUCACAGACUUGGAACAAUGGUGGACCAACAUGUUUCUGUAAUCAGCAGUGUCAGCAGCAUUCGGCCACUGCCAUCCUACAGUGAUAUACAUGAUCCACUGAAUAUCUUGGAUGACAGCAGAAGAAAACAAACAGGCUCAUACUACACAGAGUCCUCACCUUCAAUUGUCUGCCGGACCCCUAUGUCUUCAAGCUUGCAAACCACAUCUUCUUCACAGUGUAUGUACGGAACAUCUGGUCAGUUCCCUUCCCAGGAAAAUCUGGAGGUCCAUGCCUCAGCAAGCAGAGAUAUGGUGCCAUCUUUACCACCAAUCAACACUGUCUUCAUGGGAGCAGCUGCUGGAGGAACCUAA